GCAGAUUUUAAUAGGAGCUGGUCCAGGUGUACGGCUGCACAGUAAAGAGUCACGGGGGAGGUACAAGUUCGUUGUAAAAACAAAGGGAUUUUUUUAGCACCAUACGUUUUCCUUCAGUGUGCUGCAAGACCACAUAACGACCUGUUUACUAUGGAUGAUUCCACUGAGCAGAAUGGGGAAGUCUCUAACAAUACGCCCUUUGACCCUUGGUACCAUGUAAGAGUCACUGGAGCCACCAAGAAUGGUGAAUCUGUCAACUUUGACAUUGAAACAAAGAAGCUAGAGGAAAGUGGGAAAGAGACAACAGUGCAGCGAGUCUAUGAGGAUUUUGAGUGGCUGCAGCAUUGUCUAGCGACCGAUUCUGACGUUGGUGGAGUCAUAAUGCCGCCAUUGCCAGCUAGACCAAUAGCAUCACCAGCAGAUGCCGCAGCAAAGUCAAAGAAAGAACUGGGCACAGAUGAAAAGAUCAAAGGUGAUGAGUUCCACAAGGAUUGCCGCACUCUGGAAAAAUACUUACAGCAAGUCGUCCGACACUGCAUCCUUGGAAAGAACAUUUCACUUGCUAAAUUUCUAACAGAGACCCAGCCACCAGUAAGGGCAAAACUCAAGAAGUCCCUUCUGACAAACCUGUCCAAGGCGGUGGGGGAGGUACGGAAAGGCGGUCACCAAGACGUGGACGAGUACUUCCAGAAGGAACGAGCCACAGUCAACGAUUUAGUCAAGCUCAUGAAGGAGGCCAGUGAUAACUUCAACAACAUGCUGAACCAUGAAGAAAGGUUAGCGUCCUCUCUGAAUCAUCUGUCAACAUCGCUGUGUUUAGCAAGCACUGCAGCUGAGGAUGGACCGAGCUCUGACAUCAACAAGAUGCAGCUGCAUUUGGCUAAGGCAGUGGAGCAUUACUCUCACGGGAUCGACGUCUUUGUUACUAACGAUGAGAAAACCCUGGGCUUUUGCCUGGAUCACUAUGCAAGAUAUUUAGAAUCAGAAAAGACAAUGCUGUAUGGCAGAACAUGCAAGCUUGUUGAAUUUGAAAACGCCACAAAAGCAUUAGAAAAAGCUAAACCAUUAAAGAGAGAGGCGGCGGAGGAGCUGAAAGAAAAGAGGGAGAGAGAAUUCAAUGAAAUAUCCGAAGUUGCCAAGAAAGAGAUAAGCAAGUUUCAGAGGCAGCGUGUGGUAGAGUUCCAGAAAGCCUUAAUUCUGUACGCCGAAGCUAAGAUCAAGACGGCCCGCGAUAUAUCCGCUCUCAUCGCCAAGGACAUCAGCACACUGAAGCAGAUGGAGUUCAGCAGCAGUGCUUCAGAAUGAGUGUAGAAAUAACAAUAAAGGUAUCAAUUAAAAAGAUUUUAUGACCUAAGGGACCACUAGUAUUUUUUGCCAAAAUAUUUGUUUAAUAUGGUGUGCAAGCUGGAAUGAAUAACCUUGAGCCCGUUUUUUUUUUUUAACUUCAUGUGAAUGCGAUUGCGACGUGAAUUUGACGUCACAACCCUCCUUUCGCAGCGAUAUUCACAAGAGAGUUGAACAGAACUCAACUCAGUGCGAAUUUCGUUGCGAAUUUGUGACGUCAACAUUCGUAGCGCAUUCGCAUUCGCAUUCGCAGAAAGUAUGAACCGGGC